AUGCUUCCAUACGCAAAGCACUUGGUCCCUGGAGCUGGGUCUUUCGAGAUUGCAGCUUAUUCCAUGUUGAAAAAGGAAAUGGAGUCCCUAAAAGGACGAGCCAAGCUUGGUGCAUUGGCUUACGCUAAUGCGCUUCUAGUUAUUCCAAAAACACUAGCCAUCAAUUCUGGAUACGAUGCUCAGGAAACGAUUGUGAAACUCGUAGAAGAACGGGAGGCAAACCCGGAGAUACCCGUAGGAAUUGAUCUUGAUAGCGGUGAACCUGCACAGCCUGUGGGAAUAUGGGACAAUGUCAUUGUCAAGAAGAAUAGUUUGGCGUCAUCUUGCGUGAUUGCUUGCAAUCUCCUUCUCGUUGAUGAAGUUAUGCGUGCCGGCAUGACCAACUUGAAGACAAAUCAACAAGAGUAG